AUGUCACAAUCCCCUCCCCCCUGUUUUGCGAUGGAAACAGCAGGCAUGGCGGCUGAGCUGCUCUCACACCUCCCCUUGCCCGCCUCGCCGCUCUCCCUCGCCCUCACGGCCGUCGUGGCUCUGCUGCUGCUGCGCGUGCUGCUCGUGCUGCACGCCGUGGCGCGGCCGCACCGCAAGAGGCCUCCUGGCGACCACCUUUCCACGCUCAUCGUGCUGGGCUCAGGUGCUCAUCGUGCUGCGCUCAGGUGCUUAUCGUGCUGGGCUCAGGUGCUUAUCGUGCUGGGCUCAGGUGCUUAUCGUGCUGGGCUCAGGUGCUUAUCGUGCUUGGCUCAGGUUCUUAUCGUGCUGGGCUCAGGCAACCCCUUUUCGCACGCCAUACAAGUUUCACCCCCCCUGCUUCCCCCACACUCACUCAUGCUCGCCUUGCUGCUGCGCACCCCCUACCUCCUGCACCUUCCUCCCCCCUGCAUGCUUCCUCCGCCUGCGCCGCUACCCUCCACAUACGCCUCUCCCUUUCCCCGUCCUCCCAGGGGGCCACACGGCGGAGAUGCUGUGUGUGGUGGGCGCCCUGGACCACACACAUACGUGUUCACCCUCCCUGCUCCUUCCACAAUUACUCCCUUCCGCCCCGCGCCCCUGCCUUUCCUCCGCCCCCUCAGGCGGCCACACGGCGGAGAUGAUGUGUCUGGUGAGCGCCCUGGACAGUGGGCGCUACAGCCCGCGCUGCUACAUCUGCUCCCAUCAGCCUGCCAAUUCGCGCCUCUCUUCCCCCUCCCCUCCCCCCCCUCCCCCAGCGGCCCACACAGCGGAGAUGCUGUGUCUUGGGGCCACACGGCGGAGAUGCUGUGUCUGGUGGGUGCGCUGGACCACGGGCGCUACAGCCCGCGCUGCUACAUCGCUGCUGCCACCGACGCCAUCAGCCUGCCCAAGGCACGCCAGCUAGAGCAAGCCCUCGCACAGGAAGCGCCUGCUCCCGCCUUGCCUGUCCCGCCCCCCUCGUACCUAUCGGUGUAUCGGAGUCGAGAGGUGGGGCAGUCAUACCUCACCUCAGUGCUCACCACCAUCGCCGCCACGCUGCACGCCAUGCUGCUUGUGGCGCGUGUCAGACCCCAACUGCUGCUCUGCAACGGGCCGGGCACCUGCCUGCCAAUCUGCAUCGCCGUUUUCACACUGCAUGUGCUGGGAGUGCAGAGCAGCAGCAUCGUGUUUGUGGAGAGUGUAGCACGAGUGGACCACCUGUCGCUCACAGGCCGCCUGCUGCACCGCCUGGGCAUCGUGGACCGGUUCUUCGUGCAGUGGCCGCACCUCACCACCUCAUGCAAGGGCACCCACUAUGUGGGCCGCCUCAUGUGA